AACAAAACAAAAAAGAGAAGCAAAUAUCAUUGUCUUGUCAAAUUCAUCGCACUACUUUUAUGGUUUCUCUCAUUUUCCUCUAAAUGAACUGCCUUUCAUAUUUGGCCCCAAACACAAGCUCUCACAUAGCCAUAGACAAAAGUUCUCGAUGGCUUGCCUUUGGUGGUUCCUUCAUACCCUCCUCUUGGCCUUUGUGACCACCAAUGCAUUGUCGCCACCACCACCGGUCCAGUGCAACCAAACCGGUUGUACCCUCUACAAUUCCUACGGCGUGUGGGGAGACCGAAAAGACUGCCAUGCCCCCACCGUCAUCUACCCAACAACCGAGGAGGAGCUCCGCCUCACGGUGGCCAAUGCAACCCGAAAUAACCUCAAGGUCAAAGUAGUCACACAAUUUUCACACACCAUCCCAAAACUUGCCUGCCCAAGCCCCGCCACGCAGUCUGGCGGGGCUAUACUCAUAAGUACUGAGAAGUACACGUCUCAAAUCGAUGUUGACGUGGCAAAUCUGGUGGUGACGGCGGAUUCCGGGGUCGGCCUACGGGAUCUGAUCAAUGGAGUGGAGGCAAUGGGGCUGAGUUUGGUGGCUGCACCAUAUUGGGAAGGUGUUAGUGUGGGUGGGCUAAUUAGCACCGGGGCACAUGGGAGCUCUUGGUGGGGCAAGGGUGGGGCUGUUCAUGACCAUGUUAUAGGACUGACCCUUAUUGUUCCAGCAAAUCAAUCUCAAGGGUAUGCUAAAAUUAUUAGAUUGGUUCCUCAUGAUCCACUUUUUAAUGCAGCUCAAGUUUCUUUGGGUAUGUUGGGUGUCAUCUCCAAGGUGACAUUAUCACUGGAGAGAGGAUUCAAAAGAAGCAUAACCUAUAAUUUCACGGAUGACAGUGACAUUGAGGAUCAAUUUGGAGAGCAUGCCAAGAAACAUGAAUUUGGAGACAUAACAUGGUAUCCAUCAAAACAUAAAGCUGUGUAUAGGUAUGAUGAUAGAGUUCCAUCAAACUCAACUGGUGAUGGAGUCAAUGACUUCCUGGGCUUUCAGUCUAACUUCAUACUUGUCUCCAAAUCAACCAGAGCUGCAGAGACAGCAUUGGAAAAUGCCAGAAAUAUAAAUGGAAAAUGCACAAUGGCUUCAACAUUUAUCGGUUACAAGAAGCUGAUUGCCAAUGGAUUGAGGAACAGUCUGAUCUUCACCGGCUACCCGGUCAUUGGUCACCAAGGCAAAAUGCAGACUUCUGGCUCCUGCUUAUACUCUCCAACUACAAGAAUCGACACCUCAUGUGCUUGGGAUCCAAGAAUCAAAGGCCUAUUCUUCUACGAAUCGACAGCAAUUUUCUCAGCUCAAAAUUUCAAAAAUUUCAUACUAGAUGUGAAGAGACUGAGAGACCUAAAACCAGAAAAUUUCUGUGGAGUGGACAUCUAUAACGGGUUUUUAAUCCGAUUCAUUAAAUCUUCCAAUGCAUAUCUAGGACAGUCUGAGGACUCAGUUGUUGUAGACUUCAAUUACUAUCGCGCUGAUGAGUCUUCGAGCCCAAGGCUAAGCCAAGAUGUGUGGGAAGAGGUGGAGCAAAUGGCAUUCUUCAAGUAUGGGGCUAGGCCACACUGGGCUAAGAAUAGGAACUUAGCAUUCCUUGACGUGUCUAAAAAAUACCCAAAUUUCAACAAGUUUAUCGCAGCAAAGAAGAAAUUGGACCCAUUGAACAUGUUCUCUAGUGAGUGGUCUGAUGAGGUGCUGUUUGGGAACGGAGGGACAAGGGAUGACGGGUGUGCUUUGGAAGGGCAGUGUGUAUGUUCAGAAGAUAGGCAUUGCAGCCCUCAGAAAGGGUAUUUUUGUCAACAUGGGCUUGUUUAUGAAGAAGCAAGAGUCUGCAGGUACUCUCAAAGUACUAUUACAUGAGCUGGUAUAUACAAACUCAAAAAAUAGACGUGCGUUGGUGACGAUUAAACUUGAUGUAUUGUAGGGCAUAUGAGCAAUGAAUUUGGUCCACACAAUUCAAAUUUUAAAUAAAUUUUUGAUUUUAUUUUUU